CACUAGCCCCACUGUCAUGAUUCAGAUGCAUGCAUACGCCAAAUUGAGGGCUCUAUAAAGAAGAAAGCCUUCAUCCUUCACACCAGAGUAAGAGGAGAGAGCGAGGGAGCGUGUGUGUGUAAGAGAAAGAGAACUAUGAAGAGGAAGGGAGGGGACGGAGGGAGAAGAGCCACGGUGUUCGACAAGAAGGAUGCAGGGAGGCAGAUGAGUGAGGGGGUGGAGAUGGAAGAUUUGUGCUCCAAGCUGACGUCUCUCGUUCCGCAAGAGUACCGUCUGGACACUGCUUCGCAGGGUUCGUCAGACAUGCCCGCCCAACUGACGCAAGCCACAACCUACAUCAAGGAUCUACGGGAGAGAGUCGAAAAGCUGAAGCAAAGGAGAGAUCAGUGCCUUUCAAAAGUCGAACGAGCGACCAGCAGCAGCCGCAGCAGCAGCACAGCCACAAAAACAAUAGCAGCAACAGGAUCAUCCAAUCCUCACGACACUACGGUUCAAUUCAGCGGAGCCACACAUUUCAACUUGAAGUUUACAAUGAGCUCCAGGAAGGGUGUCCAUUUGCACAAGGUGAUCCUCACGAUCUUGCAAGACGAACGCGUCGAGGUCAUGGAAGCCAACUCGUCCUACGUCGACGAUAGCAAGAUCGUCUACGUGCUCAAGUGCAAGACGACAAGCUCUGAGGCAGUCUUGGAUGCGUCCAUGGUGGCAACAAGUCUCAGAAAGUUGCUGGCUGAAUCAUUUGCAGAACCUGAUCGUGUUGGUCUCUAAAUUGGUCAAGUGUUAGGCUCGAUAGGAGGAUUUCCAGUUUUCCUUCACAUAAACUAUAUCUUUACUUCUUCAUUAGAUUGUACGAUUUUUUUUAUCAACACUUGUAAAAAACAACCCUUUGCAAGUUGAACUAUGGUCCUUCCUCACCGAAACAUUUCAAAUUUGAAGGGAGAUUUUUAUGUCUAUUGAUAGAUUGAACUUAUCAA